CAGAUCAGUAAGCAUUGCACAAGUGAAUGAAAAGAAAACUAAACAUUGAAUAAAACAUCAAAAGAUAAUCUUAAAAAUAGUUUAUUCUUAUUGGACCAAUUUCUUUGUUCAUACGAAAUUAGCAGUUGAACAAAGUCCCGGGAAAGCAUAACUUGGUGGACAAAUCUUCCGAAAGAACAAUCCGCCGCUACCCAGAGAGACAGGACUGAGAAGGAACAGAGGUCGACUAAGCCGAGAGAACCUCACCAAGCCAUAUAAACACGGUCUGCUCAUAAAAGGGAAAGCCAGUGUUUACUGAUGGGGCAGGCAAAUGGAAGUUAUGGGAUAUAUUUUGUCGAAGAGGAUAAUGUGCUUCGCCCGAACAACAGUGAACAGGAUGAACAAAUUGCUAGAUAUAUGCAGGGAGAGUUAAACCAUGAAAGACAGAGACAGGAAGAUCAAGAUCGCCUGCAUUUGGAGGAAUUAAUACGAGCUGACCGGGAAGAGCAAGAGCAGCAAGACAGAAUGUUUGCCCUUACAGUGCAAGAAAUGGCGCAAAGGGGUGGCCAACAUGGUAGAAACAGAGGAUGGGGAGGCUUUCCGUAUCAGAACAGGGGACAUGAACCUCGAGGACUGGGCAGAGGUCAAGAUCGGGAGAGGUUACAACAGGAGACUGUUGACCAUGAGCUGGCCAUGUCUCUUCAGGGAGAUGAGUAUAAAAGUGGUGGAGGCGGGGACAAAUGGGAUGAGGCUGGGCCUAGCGCGUUCCCUAUACUAGCCCAACAACCUGCAGGAUUUCUGCAGGACGAUCAUCAAAUGCAACAUGAAUGGAGUAGACCCUUCGAGGACAUACAACCGGAAAUGGCCGCCAGUCAACAAGAGUUCCAGCCUUUUCACCAAUUUCCGCUCCAAUACCUUGAUGAGGAACAGCUCGAGUUCCAGAACCACCACAGGAGACUGUCGCAGACUCAGGAUUUCCAGCAUCAGCACCAAUCUCAGCGCCGAGAGCAGAACGAAGCUCAGCUGGAGUUCCUGAGGGUACUCUUUCAGAUGGGCAGAAGAGAGAACUUUAACAGGAUUCCUUCAAUGUUGAAUGAACAUGGCUUGAGCAAUGUCGGAAACAGUUAUGAGGCUCUGCUGGAACUGGGAGAUAAUUUGGGAAGUGUCACUAGUGGCCUGUCCUCGGAGGCAUGCUCCACGCUGCCGACCAAGAGAUACACACAGAGAGACAGACAGACGGAGGGCUGCAGCGUGUGUAUGGAGGAAUACAAGACUGGAGAUACACAGAAAACAUUGCCCUGUCUCCAUAUAUUCCAUGACUCCUGUAUUGACCCAUGGUUGAAAGACAACGCAACAUGUCCGGUGUGCAGAGAGGUUGUUAAAGUUUCCGGAUUCUAGUUGAGCAGCUAUUUUAAUUAACAUAACAAUUUCUUGGGAAAAAACAAUUGUGAAACAGGAUAUAGUGAUUUGAUAUUUUUCACUAUUUAAUUUUUUUAGCCCGCUCUCAGUUCCAAAUCAAACAUCAGAGCGCACAGAGCUGGGACUUACGUGCGCAUAUAUAUACAUAAUUAAAUGACUUUUAACUCCAAUGUAGGCAUGUAAUUAAGCGAAAAAUUUGUUUGUUUUAGGUUUAGAUAGCAAUAUAUUUCACCUCGUGAAUACCAAAAGGGAAUAUUUAACUCGUGGCUACGCCGUGAUUCGGUGAAAUAUAUUACGAUCUUAAACUGAAACAAACAAGUAUCCUCUAUAUACAGUAGACAUAAAUAGUUGUGUAGCUGUUAAGGAGGGGUUGUACGGUUGUUGAAAAUGGCUAUAAUUACAAGUUGGUCAUGUUUAAUUCACAUUAUAUUCAUAUACUAUAUAAUGUGUGUCUGUAUAUAUAUACAGCGAUGCCUAUUGCAAUAUUUACUGUAUGGGUAGCAGAUGUGUUCAAAGACUGAUUUACGUAGUUCUUUGUACUGGGGCUUGAUGUAUUAUGUAACCUUGGGUCAUUAAUAAUUCAGAUAUACUGUAUUCCGAUUAUUAGAACCUUUCGUACAUGUAUAUAUAGUCGUAUAAGUAAAUUCUAUUGAAUCUACCAUGUACCUAUGCAUUGAUUCAUCUUUAAAUAUGCAUGAGUGCAUCCAACAAAAUUCUUAUACUAGCAGUGCAUAACCAUGGAUCCUGGGGUUCCCAGUAUAUUUGUGUGCAAAUAUUACAAAAAGGCGAUGCUGUCUGCUGAUAGAAAUGUAAGAGAGUAAUAGGUCCUCCGGAAAAAAACACACGGAUGUACAACUUGGGAUUAGUAGCAAAAUGAAUAACUGCCUGUUCAUGUUAACUGAAUUUGAUGUAUUUAAAAGUUAUAUACGAAAUUCAUAACCAGGGAAUAUUUUGUAUAUUUGUCAUUGAAAUUCUUAAAAGAUUUCAAAUAAAUUAAACAAUGUUGUAAAUAUUAUAUAAGUGAUAUUAUUUAUUUCUACAACUGCAUUCGUUUUAUUAUUUUUAUGUGAUAAAAAUAAAAUAUAAAAACAUU